GUUAUAAUUUUGGCAGUGUCCAUCAAUCGUCAGGGCAGUUGUGAAGUUUUUGUGAUAUCCUCAAGAAAAAAUUGUGUUUAGUCUCGUGCAAAAGCAAGAAAAUGCCAAAACUCAAAAGAGGCACAAAGCGAAAAAUCCCUAGCAUCGAAGAUACACGCGAUGAACACUGGAUAGGAUUUCAGGAAAAAAUUCCUGGACGCUACAGGCAUCUCGUUAACAAUCCCAAUCUCUCAGAUAUGUGUUUUGUCGUGGGAGCUCAACGGGUUAUCAUGCAUGGUCACAAAUUAAUUGUCGGUGUCUCCUCGUCAGUACUCCACAGUCAGAUGCAGAGCAUGAAUCCUUUUGAUCCGGAAAUUGUCAUUCCGGACAUUUCAGGUGAAAUCUGGCUCAAAGUACUUCAAUUUAUGUAUGGGCAUCCCAUUGAUACUAUGCUUACACCUGAAAAUGUUCUGGGAUGCCUGAAAUGUGCUCGAAGGUACAAACUGAGGAUUCUGAGGGACAAAUGUGCCUACUUCAUCCGUUCGAAUCGCCUUCUCCUGAACGAUGACAUCCAGCUGAAUAUGCUCAAUAGCGUCACCAUAACAGAAGCCAUUGAAUUACGACGCGAUGUACGAUCAUCAGAUUCCACUUCCGUAAUCACGAUUCAGUGGCGGAAUCCCGUUGUGCUGAGCAUUCAGGGAUUAGGCUCCAAGGAGGUGAGACGUUUAAUGGUGACGCAUUUGCGCAACCUAGAAGCUUCUUACUUGUUCAACAAUGUCAUUGCGUGGUUCAGAAGUGAAUGCGAGUUGCACAAGAUGCCAAGGGAAUACCAUACACUUUAUCAAUUUCUCAUCCAUCGCUGCCCUCGACUCAAUUUUCCCGCCAUGACACCAGGACAAUUCUUCAGCUGCGUCAAUGCCUGCAGUGAGAUACUUUUGUCUCAAAGUGAAAUUCAGAAGAUUAAAGCAGAUGCCAGACAGAAGCGUCGCAAAGCAAUCGAGGAGAGACGGAAGCUUCCUGAUCCUGGACAAUUUAGCGGAAUUUCUACGCAAAGUCCAAAGUCGGGAAUCUUCGAAGUACCAUUUCUGCAAAAUAUCCGGGAAAUACAAAUGCCCCAAACACGAGACUGCCUCAAUCGCACAACAAUCACUUUCACGAGCAAUAAGGUAGUCAUUGCGCACGGAUUUGCUGUGCCAGUGGUCAAGGAAGAGGAAGCCGCUAUGACUGUGGUCUUCAUCUCAAACCAUUCCCGAUUGCUGGAGAAGAGCAUUUCGAGUGGCAUGCGGCGUCUGUAUAACACCAAACAUGAGUUUCUAUACCUCUUUUUAAGAGAUCCCAUCCUCAUUGAACCCGGACAGGAGUAUAAGAUCAGUAUUCGAGCAUACGAGGGAGCAUGUUCCCUUGUCGGAGAUUUCUAUCGCGAAAUCUCAGUGAAUGACAUUAAGUUCGUCUUCCAUUUGUUCCAUCAACCCUACUGCCAUGCCCUAUUCAUGCUCUUUGAGGACCCUGUGAUGAGUGUGGAAGCUACAGCGCUUUCAAUGAUGGAUCUGGUGUCCUUUGUCCGACGACCAAGUAGUAAUCCCUCGAUCGAUGAGCAAAUGGCCAAAGAGGAACAGGAGGAAGCUGAAAGCAGAGUAUGAAUCUCCUGGAAAGAAGCAAAAGACAAAGCACAUGCAGACAUUCAAAGGACUUUUUGACAACUGAGAUAAAAUCUCGGGCUUUUUUAUUUAAAUUUUAAAUAAUUGUAAAAUAUACUCUGUGUAUUUUAGAAAGUGGCGGAGACACCUCAAAAAUUAAACUUAGAGAUUGAGGCAUGUUCA